GUUGUUUUUAUAGCGUUUUCUCCCAAGGAACCAGUUAAAUGUCUUGCGCUAGGAUGUUAAGACUAAAAUAUUACAUGGUUAAUAUUAGACCCCGAAGCAUUGAAUUAAUCUAAAAGCAUAAACAUUUAGUUAAUCUCUGUGGUAGCAAACCCGCACUACUAGGCAACUGUGGCCGUGCUUCUCCGAUUAGCUCCACUAACAGUACUUCUAGAUUCUCACGCACAACCAGGUAAACAAAGUAUAAUAAUCAAGGUGUCUUGUCCUUUCAAACCUUAUUCUACAAAGCAUAAUAUAUUACAGAUCUUUGUUUACACUAGUCUUACUUAUCAGCAAUUUGUCCUUCUUAUCUUCUUAUCUUCAACAUGCAGUUCCUUAACACAGCUGUCUUGAUUUUCGGUCUAUUAAGUGCAGCAUGCGCUAUAGCAACCCCGGCUAGGCCUUACAAAGCUGAUAAUCUCGAGACUACUGAUGUCAAAGCUGGUGAUCUCCAAGCUCAAUACGAAGCUUAUGAUCUCGAACGUCGCAAACCUACAAGAACCAGACCCAAAAGGCCCAACAGACCUCAACGCCAGAAAGUUUGCAAGAAAACCGAUGAGUGGUGCGCUUCUGAUAGCGAAUGUUGCAGCAAGAGUUGCGAAAAAUCCUUAACAAACACGUGCGACUAAGUAUUGUUACUCAAUAUUAGUGUAACGCUUUAAUUGUUAUUGCUGUCGCUUUAAAAAUAGCAUUAAUAGGGCUUAAACUACACAGAAUCUAGUUUUAAAUAUAUAGGAUAUAAGAGGUUAUUUUUGUUAAAGUGUAUAGAUACAGUAGUUAAUUACAGCAGUCUCCCUAGUUAAUUAGGCGUAUAUUAAUAGUGUAACUAUUAGUAAAUUUACUGUAGUUAUAGCC